AGCAAGUGGUGGUGAGAGGAGGUCAGGCCACAAUUAUACCUCCUCCUCGUCGUCCUCUUUUUUUUUUUCCCUCAUUCUGUCCUUCUGACCAUGCUUCUCGAUUAAAAAGAGACUUUCCUCAACGUCUUCUUUGUAGUGAUCUGCUCAAGAUGGGGGACCAAAAUCUUGCUGCCAUGCUUUCUGAGGAUGACUCGGAGGAGACGGGGGAAAACAAGAAACCCACACUCUACCAGUUUUCCUCGACGGUACGAGCUGUGGUGCGAAUUCGACAGAAGUACCAAGCGAUGAAAAAGCGCCGCAUGGAGCGGGCAGUAUCAGCAUCCCAGCACAGUGCUCCGUCACUGUCUCCGUGUAGUGAACAGCGCUCCACCAGCCCUAAGAUCUUCACAUUUGAUGUAGUUGAUGGCCACAGUCCUGUCAAUGUAGUCAAGAAAAGGAAAAGGAAAAAGGGGCGUGUCCUAUUCCCCAAUAGCAGCCGCCGAGUAGUGCCUACUAAGGAGCAAAGCCGAGCCAAGAGCUGUCUGGUCCUGCUUUGUGUUGUUGUUUUCUUGCAGGUUUACAAUGCCAUUGAAAACCUAGACGACCACGUGCUUAAAUACGAUCUUGAGGGACUGGAGAAAACCCUUAAAAGAGAGGUUUUUGGACAGCAUGAGGCAACUGAUGGCCUUUUGGACCAUUUAAAAGAUUACUUGUCGACAUAUGUUCACAGUAAACCUUUGGUGGUGUCUCUUCUCGGGCCUAGUGGUGUAGGAAAGAGUCACAUAGGAAGGCUAUUGGCUCAGCACUUCCGAUCUGUGGUAGGCGAGCAGCUGGUCAUGCAGUACUUCGUGCUCCACCACUGUCCCACAGAAGACAACGUCCCAGUCUGUACAGAAACUCUGUCUUCUCAGGUCUCUGACAUGGUCACUCGGGCUGAAGAAGAGGAGAAAAUUCCACUGUUCAUCUUUGAUGAGAUGGAGCACAUGCCUACUCAGCUGCUAGACACUGUGCGAAGCCUCAUCGUGAAAAAAGACAACAACGAAUAUUUGAACGCCAUUUACAUCCUCAUUAGCAACCUGGAGCAAGACGAGAUCACAAAGUUUGUGCUGCAGAACUCCACCAGCAUAACCGUUUCGGGCCGAGGGCACAUUGGCAAGGAGUUGAACUCUUUGUUGGUUAGCAAUCUCAAAAAACACCACUUGCUUUGGCUGGAAGCAGAGUUGCUUCCUCUUACACUUCUGGAAAAAAGCCACGUGAUGGAAUGUUUUAUCGACGAGAUGUCUCGGGAAGGAUUUUACCCAGAACGCUCUCACGUAGAAAGACUAGCAGACGAGCUGGGUUACUAUUUUGUCGGUGAACGAGAGUUUGCACGCACUGGCUGUAAGCAAGUGGUGGCAAAAGUGAAUCUUCUGUGAAACCAAAUGCUGUUUACACAUUCAAGAAAUAUAUUGAUGCAUUAAAAUCAGUGCGAGUCUGCGAUGGAUGGAUAUGUCUGCCUCAUGGUUUCGUUGUUAUUUUUACAGCUCUUAAGGAGGAAUGUUAUGAAUGAAUGUUAAAUUUAAUCCUAUGGCCCCCCCCACUUCAAACACGCGCACAUACACAGUAUAUUUGUUAAAUAGAAUGAGUCAGUAACUGUUUCUCUCUAUCUCUCUCUCACAUGCAUACAGUGUAAAACAUCCAUGUUUACUUUGUCUUGUAGUUGGCUGUUACUGGUAAACUUUUGUAGGAUGAAGCAUGUAAACAAAUGUCAAAUUCUCUCUAGAGAAACAAGGGCAGUGUGGCUGAGAGACCUUUCAGAGAGAGAGAAAAAAAAAAACAGUCCUACUUCAGGGCAGACUGAGAGAGCCACGUUUCAGUCAUGUAUCGGAUUACCCGAAGUUCUUAUUUUACAUUGUAUUCAAGUUUUCAUAUUUUAAUAUUAUUUUAAUAAGUUAAAACUCCCAAAAUGUUGUGUUUUAAUGCUCCAGGUGGAAUCCCUUUAAAUAAAGCUUUUUUUU